AUGAUCCUUCACCAGCACCAACAGGCGUUGACGCGGAGCAUCGGCCUCAUCCAGGGCGCGCGUCGUGCUGAUCUCUCCCGUCUCGCUCACCGCACCCCCUGCGCCUGGGGUCCAAGGAGAAAGCAGAACAGGCGCAUUGUCGUUCUCAUCCAGCACAAACACCUGCAGAGUCACGUUGCUGCCCAGGGCAGGCACCCCAGAGUCGCGCGCGCUCACCUGGAACUGCAGCAGCUCCAGCUCCUCGUGGUCCAGCGGCUGCAGCGCGAACACCUUGCCGCUCUCCGCGUGCACAGACACGUAGCUCGACAGCGCGCGCUCGCCCACCCGCCGCUCCACCAGCGAGUAGGACACCAGCGCGUUCUCCUGCGCGUCCGCGUCGCGCGCGCACACAGUGAAGAUGUGGGCGCCUGGCGGGUUGUUCUCCUUCACGAACACCGUGUACUCGGGCUGCGCGAACAGGGGCGCGUUGUCGUUCACGUCGGCCACCUCCACGGAAACGGUGGCCGAGGCCCACAGCGGUGGCGAACCCCCAUCCCGAGCAGUCACCACUACCUCAUAGUUAGAUAUGCUCUCGCGGUCCAAAGAGCUGUCCAAUACCAGAGAAUAGUGAUUCUUGAAGCUGGACACCAGCUUGAAAGGAUCAAGAGGCAAGAGGGAGCAGGUCACUUGCCCAUUUGCCUCUGCAUCCAGGUCAGUCACGCUAAUCAGGGCAAUAACUGUCCCAAUUUGUGCGUCCUCUUUAACAGGGAGCCAGAGCUUUUUGACAGUCAACUGUGGAGCAUUGUCAUUAACAUCCACAACUUCCACAAGAACUGUACAGUGUCCAGCCAGGGGCGGAGACCCUCUAUCAACUGCCUCUACUUGAAUUCUGUAGGUUUUACUUUCUUCAAAAUCAAUAAGUCCUAUCACUGUAAUUUCCCCACUCGCAGCAUCUAUGUGGAACUUGGAUUUUAUGUCCGGAGAAACAUCACUAGAGAAGGAGUAGGUGAUAUCUCCGUUCACGCCCUCGUCCAAAUCCGAGGCGGUGGCGUUUGUAACCGGCGUCCCCAUGGCAACAUUCUCCGGUAACUUCACGGUGUAAAGCGUCCUGUCGAACACCGGAGCAUUGUCGUUGGCAUCCAGCACUGUGAUGAGUACUUGAACAGUGCCAGUCAGCUCGGGUUUGCCUCCGUCCGUGGCAGUGAGCAAUAAAUAAACCUCUGCGGCUGCCUCCCUGUCUAAAGGCUUCCGCAACACCAGCCCAAGAGACCUCACCUGCUCGUGGUUGGGUGGCACGUCCAGCGAGAAAUACUCGCUGGGGCUCAGUCUGUAAGUGAGCAGAGCAUUGGCUCCCACAUCCGCGUCCGACGCGCCCUCUAGUGGAAAGCGAGAGUCAAGCGGCCUGGAUUCCGCAAUAAACAGAUUCUUUUGUGUAGCCGGGAAGACAGGCGGGUUGUCAUUAAUGUCCUUUAUCUCCACCUCCACGUGGAAAACCUGCAGCGGUCUGUCCACGAUCACCUCCAGGUGGAUGCUGCACUCCGCGCUCCGCCCGCACAGCUCCUCCCGGUCGAUCCGAGAAUUCACAAACAAAAUGCCAUUCUGCAGAUUUACCUCCAGAAGCUCCCCGCGGCCCUUGGUAUCCAACUGGAACUGGCGCGGCACUAGGUCCCCCACUUUCAGCUCAAGAUCCUGCGCGAUGCGGCCCACGAAGGUGCCGUGCUUGGCCUCCUCGGGGACCGAGUAGUGGAGCUGGCCGCUUACCCCUCCCCAGAUUGUGAAGAGCAGAAGCGAAAGCUGAAGAUGCCGGCCCUCUGGGACGCUUCCACCUGAGUGCAUCCUUUCAAAUGCUGGAUCCUUUUCUAAUUAACAUAAAUCGCCUCAGAAUUAAGAGAAGUACCAGAUGCUGUCAGCCCCAUCUUCCUGUGUUCGCCUUGUUCAUCGCAGAGAGUGAACAGGAAUGGAGAAAUUUUCUCAUGGGAUAAAAAGACCGCUUACUCCUCUAGAGUCACAGAAUAUGGUGGGGAAGAGUGACAUCACGUGGCGCAAAGAGAGAUCUCAUCACCACCACUGGAUUCAUCACUGGUUGAUCUACUUGGACUUGCUGCUGAAGAAGAUUGAUAGGGCCUGGGGUCCACAUCCCCCAUUACGGUAUCCUCAGAUCCCCAAGGAGACCUAACUGGACGUCUCAGAAACCUGCAGUGACUCCAAGAAGCCUCACUGGUUUGUGAAGAGAGGGAACUUGAAUCAACUGUGAAAUCGGUCCUUGCCAGAACUCUGGGCACAAGAGGGAUCUAGAAUGUAUGAGACAAGGCCCAAGGCCCUUGCUGCCAGAAGUCCCAGGAGCCCCCAGUGGCCUGAAUACAAACACUGGAGAGCACCAGCUGGUCGUGAAACACCUCACAAGACCUAUGCAAGGCAGCUGCUCAGGAGGCCAGUAAGGGAGAGUCCAUGGAAUACAGACACCUUGAGAACACACUUAUUUGUGAAUCCACAAGACACACAAGUGUAAACUUCGUAUUGUUACUUCAGCAUCCAAAACCUGAAAGGGCAAAAGCUAUGGAGGGCCACAGGACUGAGUUUGGUGAGAAGAAAGCCUGCCUGACAAGUACAAGCUUGUGAGUUUCAUACCUGUUGCCAAAAAUCACAAACACAAAAAAUCUGUACGUGUAUGUACAUGUGUAUAAAUUAAACAGUUAAGACAGUUA